AUGGCUAGAUCAUUAUCAUUGUACAGUGAGCUUCAGCGUCUGAAACCUGGGCAUGUACUUUUUAAGCCAAAACAUAUCAGAUCUAGAGACAAAUUGCUAUUAAAAUAUAAAAACACAAGAAAAUGCAAGAAGGAACCUAAAAGAGCAAAGCUAACUAAGCCACUGCUAUUAAAAUCAGCAAGAAAAAAUGUGAAUCAAUGCUUGCAACGCAAUGGAAAAUUGCUCUUUGCUUGGGAUGGCAAUAUUGUAAAGCUAAAUCUAAAAUCUAUGAAAACGGUCCAGAAAAGUUCUUCUCUAAACCUCACAUACCCUGGAGGAGUAGUUAUGUGCGCAAUUCCAGAUCAAAAAUUUUUUUGCGUUGACUGUCAGGGAGGAUGAAUAUUUGUCUUUGACAUAAAACUCAACAUUUCUAUAAUAAAAAGUGUAGAGCUAAGGAAAUGAGGCACAAUUAUCUAUCUUAACGGAUUAAUUUACGAAUUUUUAGAUAUGGAAAAUAGUUAUCGAGCACUAGAAACGUAUGACUUAAAGACUGAUAGGCGCAAAAAAGUAGCGCUUAUCAAGAAUGAUGGUUUCGGCAUUGGUGUCGUUUGCGCUGUCUUUGAAGAAAAAAUUGCUUUUACAGCAAAUGGAAGUGUCAGAAUUUUUGACCCUUUUUGCAAUAGUUGUUCAGAGGCAUUGAAAUUAGAUCAUCAAUGAGGCUUUACUCUUUUAGUUGCAAAUGAUAAAUUGUAUUGCAUUCAAUCUCAUGGCCUUGUUUUUGAAAGCAUCGCGAGAGACUUCACGCAGUGGAUUUGCAUUGGGAGAAACACAAUUUGCUAUGGUAUUUAUGGUCUGCCAUUAUAUUCGUUAUAUGAUGGCUCGAUAUAUUUUGUUGGCGCCCCAGUAAAUCCUUCUUUGUAUGAGUUCAAUCUAAAAACUCGAAAAAUUGUGUUUAUUGAUCAUUUAUUUUAA